GUGAAUUGAUUCAGUGUCGCAAAUGUUUGUUGAUCCAGCUGUAACGUUAUCUGUAGAGCUUUUGUAGUAUCGUUAAUAACUGCCAGGUAUUGUUGCUUGCGGAAACAUUUAUCUAGAUGUAGAAUUGGUUUACGUAGUUAUCGGUUAAAUGUUAUCAGAACACGCACAACAUCUGUUAUCCAGCAGAAAGCCUUGUUUGUAAUGAUGCCGUGAUGGACACAGACAGUCUCAGCUUGUUAGCCUGAGUGACAGUGAACCAGUUGAUUCGGUGACAGAUACAGUCUGUAACAGGACGAAGACCAAAUCUGCAACCAACAGGCCAUGUCCGCUUCACACAACUUGAAAACCGUUAGUUCCUGUUUUGCAUGUCAGAGACAUUUUAACUAGUAUUUAGCAUCAUCUGAGUUAGCACAGCCUAACAAGUACUCGGUUUUAGCGUUAGCUGCGAGCAUCCAUGAUGUGCAGUUAUCUUGCAGUCUGCGGAACAAACCGCGCACUUAUUUAGCUAGUGGGUAGCUUAGAUUAACUCUUAUUGAACAUUAUAGCUGAAGGCUGUGCAGCCUGUUUAUCUGCUAAUAUGGAGUCUGACGACGAUGUGCCUCUCAUCUUAACCUGGGACGAAGCCAACCUCGGUCUGCUCAACGAGGAGACUGAGAGAGGAGACGAAAAUGGAGGAGGAGGCAAUUAUGACAUAGUGAACAACGCUGUGAUAUCAACACCUGGGCCACAAAUUCACAGAGCCCAAAACGUGUCCUUACGGCAAAGCUGGGAGAUGAACUACCAAGAGGCAGCCAUCUACCUGCAGGAGGGAGAGAACAAUGAUAAGUUCUUCACCCAUCCUCGAAACCCAAAAGCGCUGGCAGCGUACCUGUUUGCUCACAACCACCUGUUCUACAUGAUGGAGCUUCUGACAGGCCUGCUGCUGAUGAUGCUGUCACUGUGUGAAGCUCCAGCUGUGCCCUCACUGCGUCUGGAUGUCUACGUCCAUGCCACUCUGGAGCUAUUGGCUUUGGUUAUUGUGGCAUUUGAGCUAUGCAUGAAACUCCGCUGGUUAGGCUUCCACACCUUCAUACGACACAAGAGGACCAUGGUGAAGAUGUGUGUGUUGCUGCUACAGUUCGUGGAGGCCAUAGUGGUUCUAAUCAGACAGACGUCUCACAUGAGAGUGACCAGAGCUCUCAGACCAAUUUUCCUGGUGGACUGUAGAUACUGCGGUGCCGUGCGCAGAAACUUGCGUCAGAUCUUCCAGUCCCUCCCACCUUUUAUUGACAUCCUCCUACUGCUGCUCUUCUUCAUGGUUAUAUUUGCUAUGUUGGGUUUCUGCCUCUUCUCACCAAACACUGUUGACCCGUACUUCAGCACUCUGGAGAACAGCCUUGUCAGUCUGUUUGUGCUGCUGACCACAGCAAAUUUCCCUGAUGUGAUGAUGCCAUCGUACUCCAAGAACCGCUGGUCCUGUGUUUUCUUCAUUGUUUACCUCUCCAUAGAGCUCUACUUCAUCAUGAACCUGCUUUUGGCAGUGGUGUUUGAUACGUUUAAUGACGUUGAGAAGAUGAAGUUUAAAUCUCUUUUACUCCACAAACGCUCCGCUAUUGACCAUGCCUUUCAGCUGUUAGUUAGCCGGCAGAGGCCGAUGGGCGUGUCGCUGAAACAGUUUGAUGGUCUGAUGCGAUUUUACAGACCACGGAUGUCUGCAAGAGACCGUUUCCUCACAUAUAAAGCUCUUAACACCUCAGGGGCUCCUAUGCUCAGUCUACAGGACUUUUAUAAGUUCUAUCAGGUGACUGGCCUUAAAUGGAAGGCACGACGCAGUGGAGAACAUUGGUUUGAUGACCUUCCACACACAACCUUCCUCAUUUUCAAAGGCAUUAACCUGCUUGUGAAGUCAAAGGCCUUCCAAUAUGCCAUGUAUGUGGUGGUGGCCAUCAAUGGCGUGUGGAUUCUCGUGGAGACGUACACGCUCAACAGUGGAAUUUCCUGGUCCAGAUUUGUUCCCUGGAGUUACAUUGUCUUUCUGACCAUUUAUGGUGUUGAGGUGUUAUUGAAAAUAUCUGGUUUGGGGCCAAUGGCUUAUUUCAGCUCUGGGUGGAAUCUGUUUGACUUUUCAGUGACAGUGUUUGCCUUCCUGGGUCUGACUGCUCUUGCCUUCGAUAUGGAGCCGUUUUACUUUAUCGUAGUUCUCAGACCACUUCAGCUGCUCCGGUUGUUUAAGAUAAAGCAGAGGUAUCGUAAUGUGUUGGACACCAUGUUUGAGCUCUUCCCCAGGAUGGCAAGUCUGGGGUUGACCUUAAUCAUCUUCUACUACUCAUUUGCCAUUGUUGGGAUGGAGUUCUUUGCAGAGGUGGUUUACCCCAACUGCUGCAACGCCAGCACAGUGGCAGACUCCUACAGACAGAUCAAUGUCACCUAUGGCAACAAAACGGUGUUGGAAGAAGGCUACUAUUAUCUCAAUAACUUCAACAACAUCCUCAGCAGCUUUGUGACUCUGUUUGAACUGACUGUGGUCAAUAACUGGUACAUUACCAUGGAAGGAGUCACUUCUAUGACAACCCACUGGAGCCGGCUCUACUUCAUGACAUUUUACAUAGUUACCAUGGUGGUGAUGACUAUCAUCGUGGCGUUCAUUCUGGAUGCAUUUGUGUUCCGCAUGAACUACAGCCGCAAGAACCGUGAACCAGUAGAGAACCCAGAGGAUGAGAACGGGAUAGUUUUUGAAGUAGAGGUGAGUCGUGAUGAAGCUCUGGCCACUCUAGAGCUGUACAAACAGACUUGCCCAGGACUGUCCUCCCUCAGCUCUCUGCAGGGAGUCCUACAAACUAUGGACAGAGGAGGGCACUCGUCUCUGGUGUACCUAGGUCGCAGGUCUCGGACGAAGAGUGACCUCAGCAUGAAAAUGUACGAGGAGGAGAUACAGCACGAGUGGUAUACAGAGUAUUCAAGGGAAAACCUGCCUGAGCAAGACCAAAGCCUGGAGCGGGAGCUGGACAGUCCCGUCUCUGACCCAUCUCCCUUCCCAGAGCCUCAGCUCAACGCACAGACUGGACCUCACAGGGUUAACUAAUGCACAGUUUGAAAGCAGUACAUACACCACCACCAUCUCAGCAUUUUGAAAUGCAAAGAAAACCCCCAUCACUCCAGCUCUUCUCCAGUUUCCCCGCGCUCACCGUUUGCCACAGUGGGAAACUAGUCCGGGGCUUCCUUUUGGACUGAUGUGAGAGUGAGACGAGUUAAAGAUGACUCCUUCUCAGAGCCGUCACUACAGACAGAAAGACAGCAGUGCAGGUCUGUUGCUCGACCAGUGAGGUGGGAGUGUCGCCCUCUUUUGGCCUUUUCAAAGACUCCAGCAAAUAUUACCAGCGAACCCGUACUACUACAGUAUGUCGUGUACGUAUACUGCUGUAGGCCUUUUGUGACCUCUUGUAAAUCAUGUAGUACUUAAACCUGAUGCCUUAGUUAAAUGGCUCAUCUGAUCCGUAUUACCGCAGACACUACAUCUAAGUUCUCUAAAGACCCAAAGUAUAAACUCUUACACUCCUUUUAGCUCAACCCAACGGUGUAUCUCCUAACUAAUGUCUCAACAGACUCAAAGUAUUUAACUUUUAUAUAGCUUCUUCUUAUUCUGUGAUGUAUUUGAGUUAGCUAAGAAGGGAUUUUAAUAAACUGCUCGAAUUGUCAAGUGCAUUAAUGUAUUUUUGCUGUACUAUCAUACUACUGGUAACUGCUUACAUUAUUUACUUACAAUGUAUAAUUUAACACAGACCAGCAUAGCAUUACUACGACCUG